CGAUUAAUCGUUUAUUACAGCUGUACUAAAAUGUUGUGCAAUAUCACAAUGUGUUAAGUAAACCUAAUUUAAUAGAUACAUUUACGUAUAUAUACAGGGUGUUUCGUUUUAAUCGAUCCGCGCAGAGAUAUCGAUAAAGCGUUUCAAAUGGAACAUGGCUUGUUUCGAGCAAAACAUCUCGCAAUGGUUACGAGUCCUAUCUAGAUUGUAAUAAUUUUUUCGAACAACAUAACAUAAGUGUAAAUUUGUUCAUGUAAUUCCUAAUUCAAAUAUUAUAUGAAUAUACAUGUGAUAUAUAUAAUGAAAAUAUGACGUAUAGUAAAUAUUUCCUCGAAGGAUAAAAUUAGUUUUUCGCUUCUAUAUUGAACAUUGAAGUAUUGUGUUCAUGUCUAUUCUGCUUCAAUCGGUCAAUAUUUGACUCGUAAUAUUUGGUGGUAAAAGCACCUGGAUGCAUCGAUCUUUCAUCCAUGCUCGUCGCUUUACCCUUCUACAAAAUAUGUAUUAUAUUAAUUCCACUUCAAUGAGAUUCAAUGGCAAUAUUAUAUUUGUUACUAACAUACUAAUAUCAGAAUUCCCCGUAGACUUUUAGUUAAUUAUAUAUCUUUGAAUUAUAGAAUGUUCCUUCUAAUACAUGUUAAACAUUUCUAAAUAAUCGUUGUAUGUGCAAUUUUGAUCGCGUAUUGCAAAUUUCAAAGCAGCGGCUUUUCAAAAACUCGCAGCUGUUAUUGACUCUGGUAGAUGGCACUAUGUUCCAACAUAAGUUCAUAUUCUUUAUUUGUCCGACUGAGCAGAGAGUCUGCUUGAAACAGAUCGAAAUGAAUAUUUUUUACACAUGGUUCUUUCUACGAGAGAAACUACAGAAUCGUACAGAAAUGUAUAAUUUCUCGUGCUCGCUUAGAUCGUAGCAUAACAAUUACUUCUUUCAAUAAUAAAUCCAAGUAUUUCAUUGACGUGAAUGUACCUUUAAAAUUCGUACCGUCGACUGAGUUUCAUAGCUUGAUAUUUGUCGCUGUAAAAUAAGAGAAAAUGAAAUAGAACUGGAAUCUCUAGUUUCCAAAAGACAGAUACGACAUUCCUAGAACCUAGAAUACGUAAGCGAGCAAUGACAGGUGUAAAUAUUUCAUUAGUCGGAAGAUUGGAAAAGCCUGUACGGGGCACCAAAAUUCAGUUGGUCGUUCGGCAAAAGUCGGCGAGGUUCGGCAGCGGUCGCGUGGUCGUCGAAGCGUACGACACGUAGAUAGAAUACAAGGAAAAUCGGCUUCGUGAGCGCCGUAAGCCAUGACCCAUUCGUUUCAUGGACAAACCGAAAUCAGACGGUUGAGAAGUUAUGACAUCGUCUUCGUCGUGGUGAUCGGUCUUUUUCUCUCGUACGUCUGCACCGCUACGAUUGGCCGGCAGGUGCUAACUUGCUAAUUGCUGCCAAGUCGUACGGCUCGUUCCGAUCACGAAUAACAGCAUCUCGUGUGCGUAAUAGUAACAGUGUGCACAAGCCAAAAACCAUUCGGUAGACUUUCCGGAUCGACACAUCUUGCACAUUGUCCUCUGUUACUCGUAAUCCUCUCGUAGUCCCGUGCAUCGUGCAUCGUACGUCGUAUUAUACGGUCCCCUCGUGGAACUGCUGUAUGCUUUGAUUCGCGCAGUAUCGAUUCGUCAGGCGGCUGGUUUACAACCGGCGUGCACGCUGUAUAGCACCCACGCUGACAGUGAAGCUUGGACUGCAGACGCGUGUGUAGUUAACCCAGUGGCCAGCGACAUCGAGCUACGCACACGGAAGAGCAACGCUAUCAACAUCUCGAUGGUGAAGCUGCGCAAAGUGUCAGUGGCAGGGAGAAAUUGCCUUGCCGUUUUCAGCCACUCGACGUACAAAGGGCGCCGCAGAAAACGUCUCUUGCGUGAAAAAGCGUUGAAAAAGAUGCUAACGCCGGGACGAUCGGGAUCAAUCAGUCCCGCGGAGAUCGGCAAUGUACCGGACACGAAGGAUCCUGGGGCAACAGGAAAUGGUUCGGGGGGAGCUUACAUGCGUGGUGCGCGCAGCCCGGGCUCCUACGAGGGCGACGACAGGGCGAAAGAGUUCCUUUCGACCGGAAGAGCCGGAAGGAGGAAUGCCCUGACGGAGAUUUUGGGCCGCCACGCUGAACCUGCGAUGUUGGAUCUGCCGGAUCGAUUCGAGGAGCUUUCCAUGGAGACAGUUGCAGGUCAAUCGAGCAGUGGUGGGCAAGAUCCGAAUUCGCCAGGCACCUCGAAACAACAGGGUUGACACAGUCCCUGGUUUCGUUCUAUGAAUACCUCGGUCGCAACAUCGACGGAACGUGCCAUUGAUGGGAAACGCAGCAGCAACGAAAGAAGUGGUUGUUCGAAGUUGCACGAGAAAGGAGUUGCUGAAACACACAACAUCGGGCCGUCACUCGAUGUGACGCUCGGCCUCAAACUUCACGCAUCGUUUAUCUUGUCGUUACCGUUGGCGAAUGCGCCGGUGUGGUUGCUCCUUGAAAGCCAGCUGCACACGUGCGCUACUGUAGGCAUGUGAUUUAACGCGUGUGUGGAGAGUACGCUAUUGGAAACGAGCGUUACAGCUCGUGUUGUUAGUAACGAACAGAGACAUAUUCACAAUAUGCAUUGAAAUAGCUACGAUUAGUUAGCAAGUUUGAUAUUAUUGAGGCAGCAACGUCGCAGACAAUUUACCAGCUCUUGCGACGCGUCGUUAAUAAGAGUUAGGCGACGCGCUCUGGAAAAAAGAGAGCACUGCGAGAAAAUGGUUUUUUCCAGACAAACGCGUUUAGAAUUACGCGCUUUACAGUGGCGGGUGAACGAAUAUAUAUUUUUUUUUUUUAUUCCAAGUGCAUUCUCAAGUUGCACCAACUCCAAAGUUAUUAGAGCGACCACUGUGAGAACAGUCAGUGGGACAAACGAAUAUGCGCUUUGCCACAAUCUUCUUUUUGCGACAUGUCUGCUGGAUUUCAUAAAUCGUGUUGCGCUCUUUUCACGCUGUGCUUGCGACAAAAUAGGAUAAAGUCUGCCUGCCGAGAAAAACAGUCGAUUUUCUCAUUUCCUAAAGAUGUUUCUUAACUUGUAUUAAUGUAAUAAAUAGACUGCGAACUUUCGUGCAUUUUUACAUCUUUAUGAAUGGAACUAAAGAAACGGACCUUUGUUUCGUCUCUACCGAAUAUUAGAGUAAAUAUCUUGCUUCGGAUAUUUAACAUACUUUUGGAUAUACGCGUCAAAAUAAAUGCAAAAAUAAAUGCACAAGUAAAUGCAGAAAAAUCCGCAGUCUGGUAAUAAAUAAUCGUCCACUCUUUCGUUAUCGGUAAAUGACUAAUCGUGAAUUGCGAAGUCGAUAAUUAUUCCAGAAAAUCGAGGUUGUCUCUGUAAUUCUGUCCUAUAAAAAAAGCAUGAAAAUGUCAAGAUAGAUCUCGUCGCAUCUUAAUCUCUUUCUAACAGAGCACGUCGUGUACGUGUGGAUAUAGCUGGGGAAUCGCACGAUGGGAAACACUUGCUGUCUGUCUCACGGAAUAAAUCUUUCAUGUCGUGACGUCGUGAAUGUUGUAUACCGAUAGGUCAGCGUGUUUGUACGUGUGUACGCCCCCAUGGGCACCUUGUGAAUUGCGAAUAUAGUUCGCAGAAACGAGUAUGAUCCUUUGUGUAAAUUUGUCAGGUUCUGUUACCACCGAAGAUAUCUUACAAAUUCUCGGCCUGUUUCCUCUUCUUUUCUUUGCAUCGCGGUACGCGUAAAUAUCAUACAUUUAGGAAUUAAAAGCUUGACAUAAGAUACGCAAACAUUGGCCUAUUGGCAAACACGCGCGUAGAGAUAUAUUUUCAUUUAUGAUCAGAAAUCGUGUUGUGUAUUCAAAAUUUGUAAUGAGAAAUAAGUAUUUUCUGAAAUUCUCAUAUUUUUACAAAUGCGUGUGAUUUGUUACAUGCCUAAAGAUUAUUUAUAACGCUUAGUAAUUUAAUUGCGGCAACGAAAUUGUCUUGCACCGUAAUCAACUCUAGAUGUGCUUUGGAUACAUCCAUGAAAUACUAUAGCACAAUACGAACAGAAUUACCUCCAUCUUAAAUCAUUUUCCCAGGAUUUUCAAUGUAAAACAAUUUAUGUUAUAUUAAUAUUCGUUUACAGUAAUGCUGUUUAAUCUCGUACCACAAAACUGUUAAUGUGAAACAAGAUCAUCAACGGACUUGCAUAAAUACAAGAUGCUCUAUUGUAUUUAAUUUGUGAAAAUAUCGAUGAAGUCAUUAAUGGAUCUAAGAAAAGAAAUAUACUGCUGGUCAAAAGAUAGAGAAUUAAGAAUAGGUCUUUUCUUCUGAGAAUGUUUCCAGGAUUCAAGGGUAAUCUCCUUAACCGCGACUAUAUUCUCUGUUAAUAUUAAAUUACACUGUAAUUUAAUUACUUGAUGUAUAGUAAUUACACUGUACUUGAAUUACGUAACGCAAACUUUUCAUUUAGUUCGAUUUGUAAUCACAAAUUACUUUAAUCGCGAGUGUAAUUGAAUUAUUUUACUAUUAUAAUUCUCGAAGCAAUUCAUCAAUUGUAAUUUCGCACAAUUCUGAUGCAAAUUACUUAUUUUAAUGCUUAAACUUCGUUAUUCUUAGUUGCAGGUAAUCGAUAAUUAAAUUAAUGACGAAUAUAAUAAUUAAUGAACGUGGAACUUCAAUUGUUUCAUAAUAUUGAAAUUUCUGUCGAAAAUAAUGUACAGUACGUUAAUUGUGUACAAAAUACGUAAUUCUUAGCUAUGUCAAUAUAUAAGGGCUUGUACAGAUGGAUACUGAGAAUAAUGUGUCUUUGAAUUACCGAAUUGUAAAUAUAUAUAUGUACUGCGAGCGGUGUUGGGCAUUAUUGAAUAAAUUUCACGUUGCAAUGAUCCUUAUUUAAAUAAGAAUGUUAUUUCAAUUUCUUAUUUGUUACUUAAUAGGUAAAUGAAAUUUUGCCCAGCACCGUGUACGCGGCAGAAUGUUUAGCACGUAACAAGAAAUGACUGACGAAUGAUCUCCUGUAAAGAAACUGUUUUUUAGCGUUAUGCUAUUUUAUCGCGUAAGACGUAAAAUUUUAACGCUAUUAGUAACGAUUAUUGUUUCACGUAUAUCGAAUUUUUGCUACAAUUUAAAUACGAUAAACUUAUGUAUAUUGUUACUAGAUAAGGCGAGGCACACAAGUAAGCAGCAUCGAGCUCCUAACAGUAUUUGUGUAUGUAACUGGUGGUAAUUAAUCUAAGGGAUAAAUAUAACGUGUAAGUAAUAGAAAAUUAAUUUCAACUCGA